AUGGCAUCCUCAACUCAAACUGGCUGGUUUCUGCCAGCCGACUCAGCUCGACAUCAGUGUGUUCUGAUGGCUUACCCCAACACCACAUCCGCCAAUGCAGGCAACCUGCUCGCGAAAGCCCAAAAUGAAAUAAUCAGUAUUGCAAACGCCAUCGCGAAAUUUGAGCCCGUUGUGCUCCUGUCGAGUUCCGAAACGCUACAAAAAGUCAAAUCUGAGAUUACCCAAACGAAUAUUUCUGUUCUGCCCGUUGAGCAAACAAGCCAUCUGUGGAUCCGAGACUUUGGUCCUGUUUUCGUCAAGUCUCAGGCUGGUGAUGCGUUGCAUGGGGUCGAUUUCAACUUCAACUAUUGGGGAGGAAAACGCUUGCCCUCCGGUGAUGAACUCAUUGCUGAGAUAGCGACAAAGUACAUGGUUGGUAGUUCAGCUCUUCAAGCCAAUAUCACCGCCGAGGGUGGUGGAAUGGAAGUUGAUGGAGAGGGUACGUUUAUGGCCGCCGAAAGCGCCAUCGUCAACGAUAAUAGGAAUCCAGGCAAGACAAGAGAACAGAUCGAGAAGGAAUUGUCUCGAUUAUUCGGGGUUGAUAAGUUUCUCUGGCUUGCUGGCGAGGUCGGCAAAGAGACAACGGACUGCCAUAUCGACGCUCUCGCUCGGUUUAUUCGUCCUGGAAUUGUCCUUCUCAGCAAGCCAUCCUUACAAGGUUCCGGUAAAUACGCUCGUGCGUACGCAGACGCGAAAGCAAAACUGUCUAACGUUACUGAUGCUCAAGGCCGAAAGCUCGUACUCUUCGACUGUCUUGAGCCCAACCUGGAUAAGCUGGACAAUGUCUCACAAGGGGAGAACUGUGUAGCUUCUUAUGUCAAUUUCCUGACUGUCAAUGGAGGAGUGAUCAUUCCGCGGUUUGGUGAUGAGGAGCGAGAUACGGAAGCCUUUCGGCUGUUCGAGAAACUUUUCCCUGAUCGUGAGGUAGUCCAGGUCCAUAUUAACGCACUACCACAUAUAGGGGGAGGCAUCCAUUGCGCCACUCAACAAGUUCCCGCCUUCACUAAGCAUGAAGUUGUUCUAUAA